GGCUGAAGUAAAAAAGAAACACAAGAACAACAUUCAAGAAGAAUAAAAAGAAAUGGCCAUCUUCUGUUUCCUUGUAGACCAGAGGAAGCAAGUCCGGGGGAGAAAGCCCGCGGCCGGGUUGUGCUCGAGAUGCGGAGGAGGAGCAGUGGUUGCGGACAUGAGAACCUCCACAACAUUCUGCGGAGUACCAUUUUACCACAAAGCUUGGAAGGCUAUUGUCUGCCAUUUCUGCGGCGCUGUCCUCAAAUCUUACCAUUGAGUGUUUUGAGUGUUCAUUCAUUUGUUUUUAUCGACAAGCUACUUGCCAUUGUAUGUCGCUUGAUUGCCUAGCUACCUUAUUAGACUCCUAGCUAAUGAGUUUAUUUUUUGUCUCUC